AAAUAUGAGCAUGGAACAUUAAGAGCAAGGGAAAUAGGCGGCAACCCUGACGUUCUUGCCACUCCCCAAGUGGAAAACUAUGUUUCAGAAGGCGUGACAUUUACAGAGCUUUCACUUUCAAAAGCGUCAUUUUUGUUUGUUUGUGAGCUUACAGGACGACCGCGCUUCUUCAGGAAUUUAAGGGCGGCCAACAAAUUGUCGUCAGCAUGACUGGGGGGAUUAAGUGCAUCAAAUAUCUCAUGUUCAUAUUUAACUUGUUCUUCUGGCUUGCAGGCACUGCUGUGUUCGCCAUUGGUCUGUGGUUGAGAUUAGACCCGAAGACCAAAGGCCUGUUUGAAGGAUCAGACGCUCCAUAUGUGUUUUACACUGGUGUUUACAUCCUGAUUGGAGCUGGAGCACUGAUGAUGGUUGUGGGAUUUCUUGGAUGUUGUGGUGCCAUCCAGGAGUCUCCCUGCAUGCUGGGACUGUUUUUCUUCUUCCUGCUUAUAAUCUUCGCCAUUGAAGUCGCUGCUGGCAUCUGGGGAUUUUCCAACCAGAGCAAGGUGGUGGAUGACAUUACUACAUUCUACAUUCAGACCUACAACAACUACAAGACCACGGGUGAUGAGCGUCUCAGGGAGACCCUACGAGUGAUUCAAACUGGCCUGAGCUGUUGCGGUCCAACUGGCACGGUAAUGAACGCUGCCGAAGACACCUGUCCUCGAGGAGAACUGCUUGAGGAGCUGAUUACAAAGAGCUGCCCUGACGCCAUUGAUGAGGUGUUCAACUCUAAACUGCACAUCAUAGGAGGAGUGGGCAUCACUAUCGGGGUCGUUAUGGUGUUUGGGAUGAUCUUUAGCAUGCUCCUGUGCUGCGCCAUCAGGAGGUCUCGGGAGGUGGUGUGACACCCGCUAAGAACGCAUCAAGGAGGCCUCGUUAAUGUUGCAUGAUGUCAUUCCUAAAGUCACAUGGCUCCCCACUGCCAAUAGAAUCACUGCUUGCUUGUUCAAGAGGGUCUGUGUGGUUGUCAGGCCCAGCUAUAGAAUGGUGCCACCUAUGCCUCAGUGAGAAUGUGAGCGAGAAAUGUAUCACUUUAAAGAGAACUUGCUCUUUUUGGAAAUUUGGCCUAUUGUUCACAACCAUUAUGUUAGACAAGAACACAUAUGUUUUUCUUUUAAUGCUAGCAAAAGUCAGCUAACAAUGGCCAUAAUAAUUUAUUCGGCCUAUAUAGCGCUAUAAAAAACUUCCAUCAUCGUUUUAUAUACACACUGUAAGUACAAAUGUCAUUUAUAAUUCCUUGUAAUAUUUAUGUAUUUUGCUUAUUUUAAGCAUACAUUAGCAGCAUACUAAGCAUCAUGUAGCAGUAUUGCUAAGUACUGAACAACAUUUACAAACUUUGAGCAUGAUAAAACUAUAACUUACUGAACAAUGUCUGCUCUCACUGGGAUGCACACUGAUGUGACGUUUAUAGAUUCCCGUUUGAAUGAAGAAUUAAUCGUAAUCCUCAAAAAGGGAUUAAAAAAAAAAGGGCCGCGAACAAGCGUCAUUUCCUGUCUUUCUCGCCAUCUCCGGGUAUAAGGUGACCUUCUAAACCUGACCAACUUAUUGGUUUAUGGCCACAUCAUUCUACUAUCCAGGUGAGAGGCAUGAUUUAUAAUGUAGAAUUAACUUUCACUAACUCAUCAAAGCUAGUUAGCGCUCUGUAAACACGGUGCCGCAAAAAAUAGUUUGUUUGUGUUUGAACUUAUAAUAACAAUAUCCCUAAUACUUUAACAUUCAGGUCACGAGAUGUAAAUGGAGUAUUGUUGGCGGUUUUUAGAAAUAUUUUAAAGGGCUUUAUGGUCGAAAUAGUGCACCUUCAUUCGCUCCAUCGUACUGGCCGUAUUUUGGGACUUAAAAUGCAUUAAAAAAAGAAAAACCUGUGUUCUUGUCUUACAUAAGGAUUGUGAAUGAUAGGCAAAAUGCCACAAAAAAGUAGAUUUCCCCUUUGAAGGUCAUUUGAAUGAAUCUAGUGCUUGCAUAAUGCAAAUGAUCUUUACAAAAGAUCAUCUUGUUGUUUAUUGAUCACUUGCUGUUGUUUAUGGUGGGCCACCCUAUUGGCAAGAAGAGUUAAGUACCACAGCCAAAAAAAAACACCUCUUCAAAAAAAGCCAAA